AUGAAUGAAAGUAUUAUUGUAAAAAGGAAGAAAAUUAUUAAUGAAUAAAGCUUUUUAGAUAACGCCUAUUAGUUUAAUGAAGGCAGGAUAGUAGUGUUUGAUUACGCUAUAGAUAAUUUCGUUGACAAGUUGAAUCCAAAUAUUAAAAAUGUUAUAGAUAGAAAUUAUGAUGGAUUUGUUCAAAAAACUUAAGAAGUUGCUGUAGAAAUUAAAAAAUUGUAAAGGUAAAUUUAAUGGGAAUAAGAUAUCUUUGAUUAAAUUGAAGAAGAUUUAGAUAAUCAGCCUGUUCUUUAAGAUCUUCAUUAAUAGAUAAAGAAGUAUAAUGACAUAUACCAUUAUUAUUAAAAGUAUAUUGAUGUAAUUAAAUCUCAUAUCUAAAUAGAAGAAAAGAAGUUGAUCUAUCUAAGAUAACAAUACAGUCAAUUAAAAAGUAUCUCUCAAUAAAAAAAUACUAAAAAAAUGGCUGGGUUAGUUAAAUACUUUAGAGAAAAAUUAUCUUUAUUUUAACUUAGUAGGUCUAAAAAUUCAUCUAGAAGUCCAAAUAAAACCAAUUCCUAGGUUAUUAACUCACCUUUAUCAAUUACAGGAUCUACUCUAAACUAAAAUUCCAAAAACAUAAACUUAAAUUCUAAUGUUUCGAGUAGAAGAAAGGAAUCUUUGCAAGUUUAUGAAAAUGAUUUUGAGUUUUAAUUGACAGAUAGGACAAAUUUAAAAUCGAAAAAUUUAGAUAAUCUUAAUAAUUAAUAAUACCCUUUAGAUAACUAAAAGUAAUAAAAGUGUAAGCCUAGAAUGCCUACGAAGAAAGUAGAAAAUCAUAAACAAAAGGGUUUUAUCCAAGUAUUAGAUAAUUAAAAUAGGAAAACAUGA